AUGCUCCACGGUGAGAGGAGACUCGCGCGGCAGGUGUUGCUUGAGGUGGGUGCGUGUCAAGCUAAUCAGCAGGGCCAUGCUGGACAAGAACAUAAGCAUAUCCAAUCGUGGAUGGAAGUGUGGGAUUACACGAGCGAUGCCAUCUAUCGAGGUUUUGUGACAGAGACGAGCGGCGAGCGAACAUUGUUCGUCUUCUUCGAAGAUAAUGCAUUGGGACAUGGUCUUAAAAGCGGACUAAUCGCACUUUUCGAGCUUGCUGGUAUGUCUGCUUUUGGCUGUUCUCAGAUCGUUGCUUGCAUCCAGCGUUCGCAAGAUACAGCUGAACUUGAAGUCGUGAGAAACUUGGGGUGGUGUGGGUUUAACCUAACGACAUUGGGACCUUGGCUUCCUGAAGACUGUAGCGCAUCUGCGAUUAGUCCCAAGUGGAUCUUCUUGUGCGCUGAAGUCUAG